GGAUUCCCUCGUCGACAAAACAACCAUCCGGAAAAAUGCCUUCAGCCUCGAGCAUCGCCUACUACCUUGUCCACGUUUCAGAACUUCGCGCCAUCAUCCAAUGGAAAGUAUGGCAUAACCCCGUACACGAGCGUGACGAGAGCAAAGAGUCGCACGACCUCAAAGAAUGCUUCCGAUUCCUGCAACUCACAAGCCGAUCCUUUGCCGCCGUCAUCCAAGAGCUUCAUCCCGAGCUCCUCGUACCCGUAUGCCUUUUCUACCUCAUCCUUCGCGGACUGGACACGGUCGAGGAUGACAUGACCAUCAGCAUCGCGGCGAAAGAGCCAUUGCUACGCGACUUUCACAACCACAUUGAAGAUGAGGCAUGGAAUUUUGACGGCAACGGCCCGAACGAAAAGGAUCGCGAGCUGCUGGUCAAGUUUGACUGUGUGACGAGGGAAUUCAAUAAGUGCAAAGAUGCGUAUCGGGCCAUCAUUAAGGAUAUCACAAAGCGCAUGGGCAAUGGCAUGGCUGAUUACGCCAAAAACGCGGAUCACCUGGCCAACGGUGUGCAGACGAUCAAGGACUACGAGCUGUACUGCCACUAUGUGGCUGGCCUUGUCGGAGAAGGGCUCACGCGGUUGUUCGUCGAGGCGAAGCUUGCCAAUCCUGCGCUUCUGCAAAGGCCAGAGUUGAUGGAGUCCAUGGGUCAAUUACUGCAACAGACCAACAUCAUUCGCGACAUCAGGGAGGACCACGACGACAAACGGUAUUUCUGGCCCAAGGAGAUCUGGUCAAAGCACGUCGAGAAGUUCAACGAUCUCUUCGAGCCUCAAAAUCGAGAAAAGGCAUUGCAAUGCAGUAGUGAAAUGGUGCUCAAUGCGUUGAAGAAGGCGGACGAGUGCCUUUUCUACAUGGCAGGAAUCAAGGAGCAGUCCGUCUUCAACUUCGUCGCCAUCCCACAAUCCAUGGCCAUGGCCACACUCGAACUCUGUUUUCAGAAUCCCACAAUCUUCGACCGCAACGUCAAGAUCACCAAGGGCUCAGCUUGCGAGCUCAUGACCCAGUCAACGCAAAACUUACAACUGGUCUGUGAGAUCUUCCGAAAAUACGCACGAAAGAUUCACAAGAAGAACAAGCCCAGUGACCCGAAUUUCCUCGAAAUCAGCGUUGCGUGCGCGAAGAUUGAAAAGUUCAUUGAAGGCAUCUUCCCCAGUCAGACUCCACCAGCCGGCAACAACCAAGCACGUCUCGAAGCAGAGGCGGCGACAAAGGCAGAGGAGGCAGAGGCCAAAAAGGACAUGAUGUACCUUAUGCUUGCCGUUGGUGCGACAUUGGCCAUCAUCGCUGUUUCUAUGAUCGGAAUUGCAUGGCUAUUCGGCGCCCGAUUUGACCUCGCGCUACAGUCUCUGAAGUACAGCAUGAUGAGCAAACCUUCGGAGUUGUCAAGCGCCGCAUCGCAAGCAAUCGAAUCAGGCAAGAGUGCCGCAGCGAGUGCAAGCGUGCAUGCCAGUCGUGGCGAAUUGUAGGCGCUCCCGAAUCGACUUGUACAGUAUUUCAUCAGCUAAGCGGCGCUACUAAUUUGGCUGCAUGUCGUCGGUUUGACGGCACGAGUUCACGGCGUUGGAUCUGCGUUCAGCCUUGCGCAUCUGAAGGCAAAACUUCUGAGACCGCGGGCGAGGCUCACUAAUCAUGUAGCUCCACACUACCUCUUCGAUUCUUCCGUUCCC